AUGACUCCCAAACUGCUGCCAUAUCAACAGAGCAUGGGGAGAGGGUCCACAAGGGAUCACACAGUACGACGGUGGUUUCAGGAAUUCCGUAGUGAUGAUGAAAGCCUUAAAGAUGAAGAAAGUAGAGGACGGUCAUGCAGUCUUGACAAUGAACAAUUGAAAGUAAUUGUUGAAGAAAACCCAUGUCUAAGUGUCAGAGAAAUGCCUCAGACACUUGGUGUCAGUAUUGAAAUGGUCUCACACAAUCUGCAGAAGAUUUCCCAAAGAGCAAGACAUUUUCACAUUGCUCCAGUUCAUUCAGUUAGCAAAAAGGAGUUGUACUUGUAA